GGGCAGGCGGCGCUAGGCGCUGUCCUGGGUGUUGAAGCCUGCGAGGUCUUUGGCGGUGCUGCAGGAGCGCUGAGCGAGAGGGAGGGAGGCCGGCCCGUGGAGCGGCCGCUGCUGCCGCCUCUGCCUCUGCGCCCCUUUCCGCCCCGGCCCAGCCCUCCCGCUCCCCUCCCUCCUGCACCCGCUCCUGCAGCGUUCCUCCUCCCCCUCCACGCGUCGGUCCUUCCCUCCCUUCUUCCCUCAGUCCGUCGGCGGGUCACCCAGCCCUCACCAUUCCCUUCAGCCUCCUUCGGUGCCAGCAGCAGCCAUGGAGUGAGCUCCCCGGGCCGGAGCGACGGAGCGAGAGAGCGAGCGAGGCGCAGCGAAGAGCCGGGCGCAGCGGGCAGUCUGCGAUGGGCCGGGCGUGAUGGGGUCCCCGCCGCGCUCCGUGGCCCCGGCGCCGCGGCCGCCGCCGCUGCCGCUACUGCUGCUGCUCCUGUCAGCCUUCCCCGCCGCCGCCGCCGCCGCCUCCACCACCCGCGGCCGCCCGCUCCCGGGGAGGUUCGGCUGUUUGUUUGAGGAUGACCUUUGCAGACCAUUUGAAAUCUGUGUAAAUGAUGGAGUGUUUGGAAGAUGCCAGCAGGGGCCUGUGAUAGACACAUACCGAUAUGAAAUUUCACCCCCAGUUCUUGAACAUCUAAGGACCAUCUUGCAGAAGCUCUCCCACAGAGGUUUCACUUGGCAGGAUGAUUAUACCCAGGGCACAGUAGCCCAGGAGCUUGAAAAUAUCCCCAAAAUCCACCAGUGGCAUCCUGAUUCUUUAGCAAGUGAUGGCAUCAACUCAAUCAGGACUUUGAAGCCAAAGAUUGAUAAUAAAAGACCAUCUUCCCUCGAAAAGGAUAUCAACUUGGCCAAGAGUCUUCAGCAGUAUCUCACUUACCUGAAAAUUCUUACCCAUGCCUCGACUCCUGAUGUAUAUCCCCGGAUUAAGAGUGACAAAGCUUCUCUUCAGAACAAUAUCUUUCCUGAACGUCUACUAAACUACAUAGUUCAGAAGGCCAGAGGAAGUAGCCCCGAACUGACCUAUGUUCCCAUAUCUCAUCCAAAUUAUCCUGAUAAUCCCUCGAGGGCCUUCAGUCAAAUUCAGCCGGACACAUUCUCCUACACCUCGGACCCAGAUCUCGACAAGCAGAAUCUGAUGGCUGCUCUCAAGGCCUACAUGGCCCAGAAUGUGGCGAAGGAGAACCCUGACAAAGGCUCCAGUGGCAGGACUAGAGACGGCCCUCAUUUUGGUGAUCGAUUUCUCUUGCCGUACAAUGAAGCCUUCUCCAAAGAGGAAGAAAUGGAUGUGAAGGCAAAGCCACUUUUCCUUCUGCAAACGGGCUUGAGAGAGCUAAGACCUGGUUCUGGAUUGUCAGUUCAAAAAUUGGUGUCUGUUCCUGGGGAUGCAAAGGACUCUCAGAACACGCUGGAAGAAACCUUAAUUCAGAAUGUUCUGAAGGACUUCAGGAAGCAACAGGGGAAUAUGGAUAAUCUGAGUCCUUUGGAGCUGGCAAAGGUGGCUGAUAUGAUUGCAGAGACCAUGCAAAGUUCAAAUACAGAAGAGGUGCCAGGAAUUGUGGGAGUUGAGGCUGAAGGAGAACAAAGGGAGCAAGAAAUGAAAGGGAUUAACAGUCCAGAAUCAAAAGACUACCAAGAUGGUUUGAUGGUUGAAGAUAAUUUACAAGGUAGCAGAUUGCAGGAAAGUGAUGAUAGAGUUGAUGAGAAGGUAAAAGCUUUGGAUACCCAAUUGGGGAGCCUGGAGAAUGAGCAGGAGACUCAAUAUCUGCCUGAAGGACUCCCUUCUGAAAAACCCUUUAAAAUAGAGACCAAAAAAUCAGAAGAUACAGAAUCUUCCUUUUCCUCUGAAGAGGAGAAUGCAGGGAUUGAAAAUGUAAAAAGUAAGACCUAUUCCCAAGAACUGACAGCAGAGAAGAAGCCAAAUGCUGACCCUGAGGCCAAUGAAUUCCUUCAGUUUCAAGAUUGGAUGCAGGGUACUCCGAAACAAGAUGAAAGGCUUGCCGAAGGACCUCCAAAAAUUCCUGAGGAAGGUUUACAAUUAGAAGUAAAGUCUUCUGAUGAGGAAGAAUAUGGUUACAUUAUGACAGAAAAAGACCCUCUGAGUGUGGAGAAGGGGAAGAAGUUGAUCAAGGCUCUGGAAUAUCUAUUGAAGUUGCCCCCUGCCACCAUUGUGGAUGUCAGUGUGCUGGGACCAGCAGUGACCUUCAAAGUGAGCUCCAGUUUCCAAAACAUGACAACGGCAGAUGUUGCAAAGGCAGCAGCUGACAACAAAGACAAGCUUGAAAAAGCCUCAGGACUGAAAAUUCUUCGAACAGGAUUUGGGUCGAAAAGCAAAUUAAAGCUUUUGCCUCCUGGAGUAGAGCAAGAAGACUCUACUAAAUUCAUCAUUCUCACCCUGAUCUCAAUUGCUUGCAUCAUUGGGGUCCUCCUAGCUUCAGGGGUCCUCUAUUGCCUCCGCCAUAGUUCUCAUCACAAGCUGAAGGAGAAGCUUUCAGCACUAGGAGCUGAUUCAGGCUCUGAUGCCACUGCUGCUUACCAGGAGCUAUGCCGUCAGCGCAUGGCUGUCAAGACAUCUGAUCGCCCAGAGCCACUGCACACUUCCCGCAUCAAUAGUGUUUCAUCACAGUUCAGUGAUGGACCCAUUCCUAGUCCCUCGGCUCGGAGCAGUACUUCUUCCUGGUCUGAAGAACCAGUGCAAUCCAACAUGGACAUCUCUACUGGUCACAUGAUCUUGUCCUACAUGGAAGAUCAUUUGAAGAAUAAGAAUCGACUGGAGAAAGAGUGGGAAGCACUCUGUGCUUACCAAGCUGAGCCAAACACAUCUCUGGUAGCCCAGAAGAAAGAGAAUGUGCAGAAGAAUCGUUCUCCUACUGUGCUGACAUAUGAUCAUUCCAGGGUACUUUUGAAAUCUGAAAAUAGCCACGACAAUUCUGACUACAUCAAUGCAAGUCCCAUUAUGGAUCAUGACCCUAGAAAUCCUGCAUAUAUUGCUACUCAAGGACCACUUCCAGCUACAGUGGCUGACUUUUGGCAGAUGGUCUGGGAGAACGGCUGUGUAGUUAUUGUCAUGCUGACACCCCUCACGGAAAAUGGAGUCAAGCAGUGCUAUCACUAUUGGCCAGAUGAAGGGUCCAACCUUUACCACAUCUAUGAGGUAAAUCUGGUGUCUGAACAUAUCUGGUGUGAGGAUUUCCUUGUGAGAAGCUUUUAUUUGAAAAAUCUUCAAACCAAUGAAACCCGGACCGUAACCCAGUUCCAUUUCCUUAGUUGGUAUGACCAAGGAGUUCCUUCUUCUACAAGAUCACUUCUGGAUUUCCGCAGAAAAGUUAACAAGUGCUACAGGGGCCGUUCUUGUCCAAUUAUUGUUCAUUGCAGUGAUGGCGCUGGAAGGAGCGGCACCUACGUGCUGAUUGACAUGGUUCUCAAUAAGAUGGCCAAAGGUGCUAAAGAGAUUGAUAUUGCUGCUACCCUGGAGCACUUGAGGGACCAGAGGCCAGGCAUGGUCCAGACAAAGGAGCAGUUUGAGUUUGCCUUGACAGCAGUGGCUGAAGAAGUAAACGCAAUACUAAAGGCACUCCCCCAGUGAGUGAAGCUUUCUGAAGACUCAGAUCUCAUCUCAUCCUCCAUCCCUGUAAAUGUUGUUGGAAACUAUGACUUGACCUUAACUGUGUCUUCUAUUGUAAUCACAUAGUCAUAAGGUCUUCAAAAUGCCUAUAGUUAGUACAGUUUAGCAGUUCAGAUGUGUAUUUUUGUUUAAAUAAAAAAAUAGAGAGAGAAACAUCCAGUGUUGGGAAAGGGGAAAAUAAUUCAUCUAUUCAUUUUUAUUUUCUUCAAAUAAUUUUUCACUUCCUGAAAGCACAUAUUUCAUAUACAUUUCUUUUCAAAUAAUAUAAUAUUAGUAGUUCACUAAUUAGGAUAUUCUUAUGCUCUCAAAAAAGAGUACUUAGUUUUCAUCUAUAACUUUCCAAAGGAAGACUGAUAUGGUCUUAAAUUAAAAACUCACAGGUAAAAAAACCUCAUAUUGAAGUUAUACAUAUACACACACAUACAUAUAUAUAUGUGUGUGUACGUAUAUGUAUAUUUAUAUAUACAGAUAUAUUAAAAAAAAAAACCUGACUUAUCAUAAGGAAAUUCUACCUUCUCAUUGAAAAGUUUGAGCAGCUAAGAUAGAAGGCUACCUUAACAGUCAUUUAAACAUUCUGUAGCUUUUAUACAAAUGCCAGGAAGAAAGUGAGUUGCUGUCAUAGUGCUGCUGGCCUAAGCUGGAGGCAGGUGAUUUGAUCUUAAUGGUACAGUUUUUUGGCAGCCAAAAAGCAUAUAAUCAACAAUUCUGUAGUGAUCAAAGGAUUUUCAUCCAUGUUCAAAUACUCUUUCAUUCUAUGUGCUUACUAUGCUCAGAAAUAUUUAGUUACAUUUCCAGCUUACAUAGAUUAAAGUGCUUCGUAAAUCUAAAAGUUCUUUCUUUCCAAUCAAACAUAGGGACUGACUUUCCAUAUGAAACUUAUUCAAAAUGAUAUUCUAAUCCAUCUCCCAUGAAAACAUAUGUCAAUUCAGCAUUAGGGCAGCAGCUUUGCAAUAUUCAUUAUGUGGCUAAAUGGUCAAAAGAAAUAGAAAAAGACUAUAAGGUGCUUGUGGAAAUGUACUUAUGAGUACCACACUAAACAUUCUAACACAGUAACCUCACAGCCAAGAGACUGGAUAGUACAACUUGUAGGGAAUUUUUUGUGGGUCCUUGUUGGUAGCCCUGGGAAAUAUACCAUGGAAUUUUCCCAUUCACUUCAUGAAAGGAAAGAUGGAUAAAAAAACUUAUUUCUUUAUGUAUGACUUCACAAUGUUAAAAACACCUAAUAGAAAGAUGGAAAAUAUAAUCAGACAUCCAUUCAUAUUUUGUCCAUGUGAUGAAAUGUCUUAUUUAACAAGAUUUCAUCCCCUUUCUGAAUUGGAUUGGUUAUUUUGCCUUUAUUUGGAGGGAGGAGGGGGAGCUGAAUGCUUUUGUUAAAAUCGUACUCCGUGUUGUUGUUGUCCUCCCAAAGAUACCUAUUCCUUUUGCAUUUCAUUGGAUAUAAUUAUUCUGAAAAAAAAAAAAGGCCCAAAGGUCUUCCUCCUAUAUUGGAUUAAUUCAUGAGGCUGUGUAUGAGGUGUUUCCAGUCCCUUUGCUUUCUCUACUGCAUUCCAUGUACCAUUUUAACCAGUUAUUACAUUUGAAGAAGCAGUGCCUACUGUGAGAAAGAGAGAUGUCAAAUGUAUGCAUCCAUUAAUGGUAUAGGUAUAUGAUGCUGCUUUAACACAUCUACCUUUCCUUUGGAAAAAUUGUUUUUCUCUUUGUGGCAAUUUAAAUCAUAGGCAAGAAAACUGUCUGAAUAAAGGGAACUAAUACCUAAUUGUAAUUAUAAGUAUGUAUGUUUUGGAUAUCCUCCAAUGAGGGAGAUAUAUUUAAUUGUGCCAUAUUAAACUUUUGAUUUCAGACUUGAAUGGUCUUCAUUUAUGGAUGGGAGAGCACUUCUUUUUCCCUAUCAAGCUUUAUGUUGUUUUGGAAACCAAAAUAAUAGCAUAUACUUAGAAUUGAAUAUCAUAUAGCUAUUUUAACUACUCUGUAUGAAGUAUAUUAAAGGCAAGAAUGUCACAGAGAUCUUAUUUUUAGCAAAAUAAUUAAUCUUAUCACAAGUCCUUAGACAUACAUUUUUCUAAGUAGGUGUCAUAGUCUAUUCUUAGUCUUGUAACUGCUUGAUAUGGGUAUCCCAUAGGGAAGUGAUUAUAGAUACCAUUUUCUUCUACAUAAAGCAUUCCAGGUAGAUGAGCAUCUGUCUCCCUCCUGUCUCCAGGAAAUAAGUUUCCACAUUCUUUUUUCAGUAACUAAAUAUUUGCCCUAGUAUUUCUUCAAAUCCUUUACUAUCAUGGAAAUCUUCUUUAAAUACCCUACAAAUUGUCCAUAUUUUGGGGCAAGUCCAUUUUUUCUUUUGUUCUUCAUGAAGCUAAAGAUGACUUAAUUAUCCUCCCUGUAAGCCCCUCUUAAUACUUGAAAACUGCUAUUAAAUAAUGAACAUUUUAAAGCUUUUCAAGCAGUAACUAAAAGAAAAUGCAUUCCUAGGAGGUGGUGGUGAAGAGAAAUCUUUUCCAAUUCAACAUUUGACUAUUUGGGUAAAAUAAAGUUAAAUAAUAACUAUCAAGUAACUUUGGAUCAAUAACUUCAAUUGGAAUAAUGUCAUCAGCUUCUGAAGACAGACUACUGUGUCUUGAUAGUUUAACUUUCAAUCCCUCUUUCUGCUAUUUUAAGAAAAUGAUCUCAAACAUUUAAUGGGUGAAUGCUUUAUAACUGACCAUAGGUGAGUGAUAACAGAAUUGUCUAACUGCAUUAAUUUUGCUCAUUAUGUAUUUCCCACAGGGAGAACUGGCUUACUAAAUAUUUCAAUGGGCUGAUAAAAUUUAUACAAAGCUAAUACAGUUGGUAACUCAGUGCUAUAUCUAUAGCACUUCCCUAAAAGGCUCUGGCAGUGGCCAAUGGAUUUUAAAACUUGGUCUGGAGUAGGUCUACUUGAAUCUCUCCAUCAAGAUACGAUUAUGUUUAAUCAAAAACAUUUUACUUUUUAAAUUAUUUUUAUUGUGAAUAAAGCAAUUUAAUUCCUCCUUGGUGUCUGUAAGUGUGUGGCACAUAUUACAGAAUUAUUCCCUACAGUUACUUGUAGAACUUCCACUCCACAAGUAAACAUGUUGUUUAAUGGUAUUCCUUCUUAUCAAUUAUCAAUAGUGAUUAAUAAUUGCCAUUGUCAAUAAAUAGCAUCAAUAACAAUUA